AUGUCGGGACCAUUAGUACCACCAAAAGUGACCGUCUCUUUCGCGAAAGAAGAAGAAACGAUAGCGAUCGUCUCUCUUCUCUCGGAACCGGCGAACGCGAUGGAUUUACAGUUUUGGACGGAAUUACAUUCCGCGUUAGUGCAUAUCGAAUCCAACCCGAAAACGCGCGUUCUUAUCUUUCUCUCCAAAUUAAAACGAGAUAUUUUCACCGCCGGGAACGAUAUAAAGGAGUUAUACGCUCCAGAGACGACUGCAAAAAGAUACGAGAAGUUUUGGAGAGUACAAACGACUUUUCUCACGAGAUUGUUGGUGUCUCCGUUGGUGACGAUAGCGGGUAUUCGAGGCGCGUGUCCGGCGGGCGGCGCCAUGUUGUCCUUGUGCUGCGAUUAUCGCGUACAAACGACGCACAAAACGAGCUCGUUUGGUCUGAACGAGGUGAUGUUGGGGAUACCGGUGCCGAAAUUUUGGGCGUUGCGGUUCUGCGAGGUGACUUUGAGCAAAGCGUUGGGGGAGAAGUUGUUGUUGCAAGGCGCUUUGGCGAAACCGAGCGAGGCGUUGAGAUACGGGUUGAUCGACGAGGUAUGCGAGGAAGGGAUGUUGGAGAAAAGAGUGAUGGAAAUCGCGGAGAAGAUGAAACGGUUACCGCGAGACGGGUACGCGAAGACGAAAAUUAACUUGAGAGGAGCGUUUGCCGAGGAAUGGUAUCGGUACGGGUGCGAGGAAGAGGCGAAGGACGGGUUUCGAAUGUUGUGCGAACCGACCAUCGUGAAGCAAUUGAAACGCGUUUUAGACGGAUUGAGAGGAGGAGGAGGAGGAGGGCAAAAAGCUUCCUCGAAGUUAUGA